AUGAAGGCCGCCUCUUUCGCCCUCUUCGUCCUCACCACUGUUACCCAAGCGUUGGCAGCAGCCACUGGCACCCCAAACGAUGCGAACCGCGCACUCGCGUGCGCGUCUCCCUCGACGGCGGUGCCCCUCCUGCGGAGCUGGAAUGGCGGCUGGGGCGACCAUUUCUACACCACCGAUCAAAACGCGAUGAACAACGCCGUCAACAACCUUGGGUUCACCGCUGAAGGCACCGCGGCGUACGUGUUCCCUGGCACCACAGGCAGCGAUGGAGCCAUUCCCUUCUAUGGCCUCUGGGCCCCCGACCGCCUCGACCACUUCUACACCACCGCUGCCGCAGACGUGACUAGCUCCAUCCGUCUGUACGGAUACGAAUACGAAGGCAUCGUCGGCUACAUCUACCAGAAUGCCAAUUGCGGCGGCGUUCCACUCUACCGCCUCUACAGCGCAAGCAAUACCGAUCACUUCUACACGACCUCUGCAAGCGAGCGCGACACUGCGAUAAAUCAUUUGGAGUAUGCAGACGAAGGCAUUACGGGAUAUGUUCUGCCAGUUUAA